CACACCAAUAAACGUCAAAAGAAAGCCAGAGACAAGCAAAAGUGCUGAAGUAGAAAUAUGGAUAUAAAACAGGAAAAGGAAGAUUAUUAUAGUGCUUGUGAGGCUGAGGAUAAGCUCCAAGGCAUCACGGCGUCCAAUGCUGAAGAGAAAUUUACUGUUAAGAGUGAGGAGAUUGACAAUUUCAACACUGCUGAGUAUUCAAGUUUAUUUGUAAAGAAAGAGCCUUUCCAGUGUUCAAUUUGUGGGAGGGAAUUUAAGAAGCGCAAUGGACUGUCUCUACACUGGAAAACACACGACAAAAGGACAAUUCACGAUUGUUCAGUAUGCAAAAAGGAAUUCAGGACACCAACUGAACUGAGAACGCAUAUGAGUGAACAUGCGAAGCAGAAGACAAAUCAGUGUUCUUAUUGUCCUAUGAAAUUCGCGCAAAAGGCUUAUUUGGAUCGGCAUGAAGUGAUUCACACGGAAAAGCCUCAACAGUGUCCUGUAUGUAAGAAAAUGCUGAAGAAUUCAAACACCCUCAGAGCGCACAUGAAUCGACACACUCUGUACGAAACGAUGUGCAAGGAAAUGUCGGCUGAGGAGAAUUAUGAUCAACAUAGCAAGCCUGCCAAGUCCUUCGAGUGCGACGUUUGCCAUCGCAGCUUCACAAAGGAGCGCACGCUAAAGGCUCACAUGACUUUUCACACGAUAUUCAAGCCCUUCGCAUGCGAUCACUGCGAUGAGACGUUCAAGUGGAAGCAGGAGCUUAAGAUUCACGAAAGGAUUCACUUCACUGGCGGCGUCAAGUGCAUUUACUGCCAAAGAACUGUUAAGUUUCUGCACAAACACAUGCAAAGUCAGCACAAAGGCCUCCCAAAGUCUGCUGGAACUGUUCCUUAUUGCACAAUUUGCAAGAAAAGCUUUCCGAAUGUCGACACUUUGGUGGAGCACGUGAAGACGCAUCAGCCCAAGAGGCGCUACGAGUGUGCAGAUUGUGGCAUGAGAUUCAGCAACAAGAACGUCUUGGGGAAACACCUGCGAAUAGGACAUCUGAAAGUGACCACGACGACGAAGAAGAAGAAAAAGAAGUUGCUGCACAAGUGCGAUAUUUGCCUGAAGAGAUUUGACGAAUUGUACAAAUUGAAGAUGCAUCGGAAGAAGCACAGUUCCCUGAAGCCAUUCAUUUGCGAAUUGUGCAAAGGCAGAUUCAAUACACUGAAAGCAUUGCAAAUCCACAUGGAGAAUCAUGAGAUGCUCGAAGGCAGUGAGAAGAUGUGCAUUUAUUGCACGCACGAGUCUGACACGAAACGAGCAAUGAAGAAACACUUGCAGACACUUCAUCGCGGACUUCCCCGCAUUGUUACUGACUUUCCCUUCAAAUGCACCGUUUGCCGGUCAAUUUAUAACAAAUUGGACGAUCUCAAGGAUCACGUAAAGGAUCAUUCGGAUGACUUCAAGUGCGAGAUUUGCGGAUUAAUCUGUGCAACCAACGGACAGUUUAAUGCACACGUAAGAACGAUGCAUAAGAAUUCGAGCCUUGGCGAUUGGGUGGUAAAAUUCUAAAUAUUGUAAAUGCAACGGAAUAAAGAAGUCUGGCAAGAGCGAA